AUGGACUUAGCGAUUCGCCUCAAGGCCUACAAGUUCGUUGCCUAUUCGGCAGUUGUCUUCUCGGUCAUUGCCGUUCUUUCAGUAUGUAUCACUCUGCCAAUGGUCUACAACUACGUACACCAUGUACAAUUUCAGAUGCAAUCCAAAAUCAGCUAUUGCAAGGGAAAUUCCCACACCAGGCGUCAACAGAACAAGACGUCAAGUGCACAACAGUUGCGAAGAGUGCUGCUUGCCGGGUCCUCCAGGACCAAAGGGACCACGUGGAAGACCAGGACGACCAGGAAAGCCUGGAGNCCAUGUGAGCCAAUUACACCACCACCAUGUAAGCCAUGCCCACCGGGUCCACCAGGUCCAGCUGGCCCACAAGGACCACCUGGUGAGCCUGGACCAGAUGGACCGCCUGGCGUCCCAGGUUAUAACGGACAGCCCGGAGAACCAGGACCAGCAGGACCACCCGGACCAGCAGGACCACCGGGACCACCAGGACUCCCAGGACCAGCCGGUCCAAAUGCUCCGGAUGAGGGAAUUAUUCCCGGACCACCAGGAGAACCAGGAGACAUGGGACCACCAGGACCUCCUGGACCUCCAGGUCCAUCGGGAGAGAAAGGCAUCUGUCCCAAGUAUUGCGCGAUCGAUGGUGGUGUCUUCUUCGAGGAUGGAACUCGUCGUUAA